GAACGUGACCGAUGAUUAUUGACUUCCUCUUUUUCCACGAAAGGAAUUGAUAGCGUUGGACAUUAAACCACUGCUCCCCAAUCUCGUCGAGUCUUUCAGCCAUGUCGCUUCAGGAGGUGUUUGAGGAUUUCAAGAAAAGCAAGGCUGUGCUGCAAAAAGUUCACCUUGAUACAGUUAAAUACUUCGAUGAAAUCGUUCAAAAGCUUUCUAGUAAAGGUACUGCAGAUAUUGCAGAAGAACUUCGCUACAAAACCUUACCCGUGCAAGCCUCUCCAGAGGAAGUGCAAGUGAUGGCUCUAACAGUGGCAAUGGCGGAUGUUCAUCUGGAGUUCGAUAAUACCCUUGCUGAGAUGCUUUAUACUGCUAAGGAGAAGAAGGAAGUCACCGAUCUGUUUGAUCAGGAGCCGGCACUCAUUUUUGUAGGGCAAACCAACUGCGGAAAAAGCUCCAUAAUCAACGAGCUUCUGGGUUGUAAAGCGCUUCCUACAUCAGACCAACCGAGCACCGCGAGAAUUGUUCGCGUUUGCCACGCCGAGAAGCCUUACUGUCGCCUGGUUGACACAAAUGGUAAAACCUUAGAAGAGAUAAAGAUGACAGGCAAAGAUGGAAACAGAAUCCCUCGAAAGAAGAUCGAGCUCAAACCGAAAGAUCGUAACGACCCUACUAAAGUGGGGGCUAUCGUGGAGUCAGGCAUAAAUAUCGACUUCUUGAAGUGCGGUGUAACCAUCAUAGACUCCCCUGGAAGAAAUGAAAACGAAGCACUGGAUAAUUUGGUGAAAAAGCAGCUGGAAAAUCCUCUGGCGUUUGUUAUAUACGUGGUGGAUGGACAUGAUCUUUUUACAAAACAGGAUAGAGAGGUCCUUAAUGAAAUGACGUCUUCAGGAAACGAUUUAUCAAUAUUUUUCGUUGUUAGCAAACUGGAACCAGAAGAUCGUACCGAAUCAUCAGAUGAGGACGAUGAACCAGGCGGCCACGCAGCAUCAACGAAGGCGCGGAAAAAGGGAGAGCUCAAAGUACAGGAGAGAAAGAAAACACGCGUGUACGAGCGGCUUGUCAAAAACGGGCAUUUUCCUUCUCAACUGUGCAUGGAUGAAAACGAGCGAUUCCAUGGUCUGUCAGCUUGGCGUAUCCAACAAUACCUCGCUUCUAAGAAGAAAAAUCCCAAAGCCUCUUUUGACGAGUAUACAGAUUAUGUUGAAGCCUUUAAGAGAUUUCAAAACAGCUUGAAGAAGUUCGCUGAAGAAUCUUUACGCGCAAGGGUAGAGAGCGUGUGCAAAACUCUCAUUCGUGUUCUAUCCAGAUGCUUGGAUUUCUUCAUUCAGAAAGCCAACGUUUUGAAGAAGGGAAAAACGCAGAUAUUGAAGACGUUGGGAACAUUUCUACGCGAGGAACAGCAAGUUCACGACAACAUAAUCCGCGACCUGGAGGAUGAAAAGCGGGCCGAGGAUAUUCGAGACCUGCUCAGUGAUGCCAUGGAGGGAGCCAAGGGCGACAUCCUUAAAGAAGCAGGAGAUUUUGAAUACGUUUUAGCCGAAUUGACUAUUCCGUCAAGUGGUCAUGUAAAAGAGAAAGCAGCUGUGGCCCACUGCCAGGACCAGAUUCGGUGUAUGGUGGUGAAUAAACUCCAAGGAGAGAUCAAGCAAAGGUUAACCAUGAUGUUCCGCUCCAGAGAUCUGUUUGUCGUUCACCUCAAAGACGGCAUGGAGCAAAUUCAAGGCGAGAUUGCCGCAGACAGCGACAUUCCAUCAGCAGCGCUCGCUCUAGGCAAUAGCCUUCUUUCUUCUUACGAAACUCAAAUCACAUUUUCACAACGCCACGGAGCAGCUGUCCGUUUCAUAAUGAAAGUAAGCGAGUGGUUCUACAAGGCGAUUCGUAAUCCGAUCGACACAGUUGUCAAGACCAUCACGGGAGAGGUUCAGGUUGGCUCCAAGGAAUGGAAGGUGAAGGUUGCUUCAGAGGCCCUCAAGAAAGUAGAUCCAUCUCUCAUGGCUAAGGAAAUCGUCAGCAGCUUGAAACAGCACUUCUGUGACUGCCAUCAAGAGUUUACCAGUGAAAUAGGAAAAGUCCAAGACCUGUUCGAUCGCGGAGAGACUAUCAAAGAUAUGCAAAGGGAAACCAUUCUUGGCUUUGCUCCCAAUCUUGCGCUCCUUGAGAUGCUGGCAUAUGGAGUCAUGGACAGGUUCAAGUUUGGAUUUCCAGCCGCGGGAGAUCUCAUUGGUUCAGGAGCGCAGGGUAGUGUCUUUGCUUGUAACAACAUUAAAACUCCAGAAGGACGGCCCUGUGUUGUUAAGGUGGUAAAAGUCGCUACGGAGGAGGUGCUCAAGGAUUUGACUCUGGAACUUCAUAAUACCAGGGCUCUCCAACAUUCGAACAUUCUACCUGUCUUGUGCACCGUAGUGGAGUCGAACCCUACUCGUGGCCUUUCUGUACAACUCGUCUCAGAGCGAAUGAGAUGCGAUCUUCAUGAUGGUCUAAAAGAUAUACCCUCCAUGAGAAAGAGACUUGAGAUAGCUCUUGACGUUGCCAAAGCCUUGCAGUAUCUUCAUGGAGAAGAUCUGAUCCAUCGCGAUGUUAAAAUGCAGAACGUCUUGUUGGACGAGGAAAACAACGCCAAGUUAACUGAUCUGGGUCUCUGUAAACCCGAGGGACUUAUCAGUAACUCGUUGGUUGGUACUCCCAUUAACAUGGCGCCCGAAAUGAUCAAGCAACAGUACGACAAAUCCAUUGACGUGUACGCGUUCGGUAUGAUGCUAUGGCGAGUGUGCGAAGGCCAGGGAAACCAACCACAGAAUAUAAAUCGCCACUUUCUACCUCUGGUUAUGCUCAUGAUGAAUGCCGUUGACAACAAGACACCAGAGAAGUUGGACGUCUUUCCAGAACACUGCUGGCAACUUAUGCAAAAGUGCUGGACUCAGGAUCCCGAAGCAAGGCCAUCAUUUGACAGUGUGGUAAGGGAUUUGGAAUCGUACCUGGCAGAGAUGUCCGAUCAGCAGCAGUCGUAAGAGACACGAUUGAUUCUGCAUCCAUCUAAAGAAAAAACUUCAUUCAUCUCAUUUACUUACUCGUAGAAAAGAUAUAAGGAACCGUAAAUGCAUUACGUAUCCCGGUGUAAACGAGACCAACUCUACCUUCCGCACAGCUGGAGCUUAGCCAUUUGUUGCAAAAAAUUUUCAACGCAGUAGUUUCAAUCUUAAAUCAAUAGGAAUUUCCCUGGUGCGCCUUAAUGUGUAAACACACACGACCAGAGCAAAAUAGGAAUAAGGAGCACGCUUGCGCAGUCACCUUUGAUUACACGACUUCUCUUAUAGUGUUAGUCAUAUUAUGGUUAUCUUUUGAUCAACUUUUGAAUUGUAACCCUUCAAUAAAGCAUUGCCUGCGGUUCGAAUCUGGA